UCCAUUGCGCGAACUACGAAGUCGCCGCCUCCUCCACCUUCCCUCCACCCUAUUCUCUACGCUGUAGAGGUAUAUCCUUAUAAACGGCCUCCGAUCUCGAAUAUCCUUUUCCCUUUCUCUCUUUCUCUCAACUGUUUCUUUUAAUAAUGGCCUCCUUCCCCUCACCAACCUCUGAUCCUCUCCAUUCCACGCGCUCUCUCUCUCCCUUAUCGCUGUAGCCAUGCCGUCGCAUUCUCAUUCUCUGAAGCUCAGCCAUCUCUCUCGUCUAGGGCUUUCCCGAUUGCCAAAACCGGUUUCGCUUUUCGCGCCCGUUCGCUUCCGAUCCGUUCCGCCUUUUUCGCUUGAUCUUAAGUUAAGUGCGCCGAUUGUUCGAAGACAUGAGUGCCGAUUACGACGCAGGCGUGUUCGAUUUAAGGCCUUCGAUGAGGAUUCGGUUGGUAUUCCGUUUCUUGAUGACUGGAGCGACGGUGAUGGGGCGGCUGGGUACGUGCUUUCAUCCAGUGAGGAUGAAGAGAGCGAUUCAGAAAUUGUGAUUUAUCCUAUUACUGAUGAUUCGCCUAGAGUUAGGAUAUCAACUGAUGAGGCUUUUGCAAUGACUACUCAACGGUUUGCCAUGCUUGGAAGAAAACGCAGGAAACAGAGGAAUAAAUUUGGGGUUUUAAUCAGUGUUGGACUCAUAGUCUUCUUGACGGUGCUUCUUUUAUUUGUGGAUUGGUGUGCAUGGCGUAUUGUCAGGCUGCCUUUCGGACAAUUUUACUUGACCCGUCCAUUUCUUAUAUCGGCCAUUUUAGUCUCUUGUGCCGGCUAUGUUUGUGUCCCGUUACUGUAUAGGUUCAGGAUCCGUCAAAUUAUUAGGAAAGAAGGGCCUGCUGGGCACUCCUUAAAAAAGAGAACUCCCACGAUGGGUGGAUUAUUUUUUGUUCCUAUUGGUGUAACUGUUGCAAGAUUCAUUGCUGGUUUUUCUUCCACUGAAGUGUCUGGAGCAGCGGCAGCAACUCUAGGUUUUGCUGCAAUUGGGCUUGUAGACGAUAUCUUAACCAUCAUCAAGAAUCAUAAUAGCGGCUUAUCAGCACGGGUAAAACUUUUGUUGGAGGUAGCUGUUGGGACCUGGUUUUCAUUUUGGUUGGUAACCACAAAUAUAUCGUCACCCUACAGCAUGAAAAUGUUGCUUCCUCUACCUGCACCAGUAGGACUUGUUUGCCUGGGAAAAUUUUAUCUCUUGUUGACUUCAUUUUGUUUUGUUUCCAUGGGGAAUGGAGUUAACCUAACAGAUGGUCUUGACGGGCUGGCUGGUGGGACUGCUGCAUUGGCUUUUAUAGCAAUGUCAAUCGCGGUGCUUCCAAUAUGUUCUGACCUUGCUAUAUUUGGGGCAUCAAUGGCAGGAGCCUGUGUUGGUUUUCUUUUGCACAACCGAUACAGAGCAUCUGUAUUUAUGGGUGAUACAGGGUCCUUGGCAUUGGGGGGGGCAUUGGCUGCUAUGGCUGCUUGUACUGGAAUGUUCUUUCCAUUAUUUAUUUCAUCUGGAAUUUUUGUCAUGGAAGCAUCAUCAGUUAUUAUACAGAUGGGCCUGACUGGAGAAAUAGAAGUCACUUAUUAAGGCCCAAUUAGUUGUACAUUUAUGCACACAUCAGAAUUGCCAAGGCUGAGUGGAGAAAAAGAAUUCACAUAUUGUGGCGCAAUUUGUUGAGCAAAGGAUUCAUGUAGCCUACCCACAUAAUUUGGUAGAAGGCUUAGUUGAGUUGGUAACCAUAGUAUCUACUUCCAUGCACUCAUACAGCUAGGCAAAUGUAUAGAGUUUCAGAUUAGGAUUUCCUAGAAUUCUUAGGGUAUUCUACCGAGUAGAAUGCCAGUGGUUUGGAAUUCAAUGGUUAGGAUUUUACCAUAUCAGCAAUUAUCACUUGCAAAAUAUGAAUAAAUAUGAUAACUACAGAGGUGAUAAUUGAUGAGUUGCUAAAGGUGAUAAUUACUGAUAACUGCUGAUGUGGUAAAAUCCUAACCAUUGAAUUUCAAACCAAUGGUUAUGAUUCGAAGAAAUUUACUCGGAAGAAUACUCUUAAGAAUUCUAAGCAAUCUUGAUCCUAGAGUUUCAUUUUAUUUUUUUGGUCAUUGUCCUUUCAAUUAUGUCCUUCAGAAACUGCAAUUUCCUUGUCUGAUGGCUGAAAAAACUUUUGUUUAGGUAUUGUACUUCAAGACGACCAAAAAUUUGUGGGGAGCUGGGCGGCGUGUAUUCCGAAUGGCACCCCUUCAUCAUCACCUUGAAUUAUGUGGGA